AUGGCAGCAAAACCUGUAUCUGUACCUAUACCUAUACCUAUACCUAUAUCCGAAAUGGCCCUUCCCUAUGGUUUCGAUACUGUUGAAUAUAUCAAAGGUAUUGAAAUCUUACCAAAUGGAAAUUUAAAAAAACAGUUCGUCCAUGUUAUAGGAUUUGUGAUGGAUUAUCAACCUCCUAUCAAAACUAGGGGAACAGAUUCUAAAUGUUCUUUCCAAAUCAAAGAUUACUCAUCACGAUUCGAGAAAUAUGGCUUAAGAAUGAGUGUCUUCGCAUCAGAGGACAAAAUGCCAAGGAUACACAAUCCUAAAGAUGCUGUUCUCAUACGCAACGCAAAGGCACAUUUGCGCAUGGGUGAGAUUCAGUUGAUAUCUCAUAAAACUACCGAGUUUCACAUACUUCGUGCUGCAAAUAUUCCUAAAGCCAUUUUCCCCAUCAUCAAUGCAUCUUGGAUCUCAACACCACCGGCUAGAUGCCGACGUCCAGAACCAAUUGAGACCAAGUAUGUGAUAUGGGCAAACCAACAUCUCGAUGAACUUGCCCUUCCUAAUACUCAAGAAUUCCAGGAAAAAGCAGACAAAGCUAUGAAUGUUAGGGAUAAGUAUUGUCUACUCAAAGAUGUCAAGGAAGGGUCAUUUCAUGACAUCAUCGGUGAGGUGAGAAAAAUAUAUGGAGCUGGUUUUGAUAUGGUGACCGUUUACCUCACCGAUUACACAGCUCAUCCUCAAUUCUACAAUUACACUCUACCAGAGCUAUCUGAUGUUGCCACAGAAGGUCGCGAUGGUGAUGAUUACGGUUAUAUAAAAGCCAAAUCCAAGGAUGAAGCAAAAGAUUGGAAAGGUCCAUUCGGAAAAAUGACCAUUCAGUUGACAUUAUGGGACAACCAUGCCGAAUUCGUUCGAGACAAGGUCAAGGAAGGCCAGUGGCUCCGUUUAACCAACGUUCAGUUCAUUUAUGGCAAGGCAAAUCUAUUAGAGGGUAAACUUCGUGGUGACCGGGGAGCAUUUGCGGGUAAAGUCCAGGUAGAAAUUUUGAAACUAUCUGAAGAUCCUCAGAAUAAUGAUCCUCGGUGGACAGCGGGUGUUCAACGAAAGUUUGAUUGGACCAAAAAGCAUAAAAUUCACAGACAAAAAUUUCAAGAAGAAAUUACGAGGACGAAAAAAAAGCGCAAAGCUGAUGAACAAACAAGCGGGAAGAAUUCCAAGGCGCGGAGAAAGGAAGCGCGAGCCAACCCAGAUGCCAAAGUUUCUGCAAUUGAGACCAAAGUUACUAAAAUUUUCGAUCUGAAUGACAAUGUAAUAUUGCACCCCCCUCGUCACGAAAAGGCUGUAGUCCCCCUUUCAACUAUCCUUCAACGCAAACCCCUCUCCUCCGACCCUAAGUACGAGGGAAUAUUCCUACCAUUUGAGAACAAACACUAUAAAGUCAACGUUCGAGUGGUAGACUAUUAUCCUCCAAACAUCAUCGAUUUUGCCGUGGGUAGCAAAAUUAGCGAAUUCGACAUGUUACCUGAUUAUAGUGGUGACGAAGAUGUCGGUCCUGAAGAAGACAUGCAGAGUUACCGUGAGGGAAAAGGGUUUGUACCACGGAAAUGGGAAUGGAGAUUCGCGCUUGUGGUUGAGGAUGCGAAUCCAGAUGCUCCCAGGGAUAGAGUUACUCUUAUUGUGGGGAAUUAUGAUGCGCAGACGUUGUUAAAUAUUAAGGACGAUGCUUCCAACCUACGAGAAAACCCAGAAAUGUUCAACAAUGUUAAAGAAACACUCUUUAAACUCUGGGGAGAUUUGGAAGAGCAAAAGUCCGCCAUGCUUCUACAGAAGGCCCAAGGAGGAAAAUCACAGAACGAAAAAGUGCUACCUGAAGCUCCCUCAACUACAGAUUCAGAAUCCGACGACGAGCUAGACGACCCCCGGCAGACUAAUAAUUGUCUACCUCAAGAUACCGAUGAAGAAAACGAAAAGUUGUUCCGUCAGAAGAAAGAAGAAAAACCCAAGAAAGCAGCCCUAGCGCAAACAGGUGAAAAUUCCAAAGGAAAUGAAGGCGGUGAAAAAGAAACAUCACCACUGGCAAUCAAGCCGAAAAACAAGCCUUUUGAAUGUUGCAUUAAACAAUACGGUAUCAAAUUGCCUGAAGAAGAUCCAGAAAAGGCGGAUGCUGGGGAAGGGAAGAGAUGGCAGAGGGUCUUUGGGCUGUGUGGAACUUUGAUCAAGUAA